UAUUAUUCAGCUAAAAUUUGAGAGUGGAGUGAAUGGCUGUGCAGCAUAGUAACAGGCUCCGGAAUAUGUUGCAGGCGAUAGUGCAGUCAGUUCAAUGGACGUACAGUAUUUUCUGGAAAAUUUGUCCCCGAGAAGGGAUCUUAGUAUGGUCGGACGGAUACUACAAUGGAGCAAUCAAGACACGAAAGACAGUGCAACCAAUGGAGUUAACUUCGGAAGAGGCGUCCUUGAAAAGGAGCCAACAGCUUAGAGAACUAUACGAGUCGUUAUUAGCUGGCGAGACGAACCAGCCAGUCCGGCGACCGUUCGCAGCAUUGUCGCCGGAGGACUUAACCGAGCCCGAGUGGUUCUAUUUGUUGUGUUUCUCCUUCUCUUUCCCUCCCGGCGUAGGGUUACCAGGGAAGGCAUAUGCAAGGAGGCAGCAUGAAUGGCUUACAGGCGCAGAUGAGGUUGACAGUGAAACUUUUUCAAGAGUUAUUCUUGCCAAGAGUGCUUGUAUACAGACUGUGCUUUGCAUUCCUGUCCUUGACGGAGUUUUUGAACUUGGAACUACGGAGAAGGUUGAAGAGGAUCUAGAGUUAGUCCAGCAUUUCAAAACCUUCUUCACUGACCAUAAUCAUAACCCGAAUCCUCCCCCGCCAAAACCGGCUCUCUCCGAACACUCCACCUCGAACCCCGCCACCGACUCCGCCGAAUACACUCGCUUCCCCUCUCCUGUUCUUCCUCCUAUGCAAGCAGUUCCAAACCCUAACCAAGAUGAUGACGACGACGAAGAAGAAUUGGAAACAUCAGAAGACAUCCGGCUAGCGUCACCAGACGACGCUUCGAAUAACUUGGACACAUAUUUUCACAUGAUACUAGAACCAAAUAACAGUGGCGUUCACUCGGGUCUUUCAGUGCCAGAGUCAUUGGAUGGACUACACCAAGAAAUCAGCGGCAAUUCUCAGGCCGUCUCACAGUCAGCCGGUUACCCAACCAGUUUAAUCCAGUCAGCGUUUUCCAAGUGGACAAUUGAUUCAGACAACCAACAAUUCCAAGUGGCCGUCGAAGGCACGUCCCAGUGUCUCCUCAAAUACAUUCUGUUUACCAUUCCGUACCUCCAUAGCCAGUAUCGAAACGACAACUCUCCCAAGACACGUGACACCGAAACCGGCGCCGGGUUCCGAUGGGGGAUCCCGCCGGAGGAGCAUAGCGCUAACCAUGUACUAGUGGAGAGGAGGCGACGCGAGAAGCUGAACGAACGGUUCAUUAUAUUAAGGUCGUUAGUUCCAUUCGUUACCAAAAUGGAUAAAGCUUCCAUAUUAGGGGACACCAUCGAGUACGUGAAACACUUGCGUAAAAAAAUUGAAGAACUCGAAACACAAAGCAAGGGAAUAGAGGCCAACAACGAACAGUCGAGAUCAGCAUAUGGGCUAAACAGAACGAGUAGUAUGAAGGAAUUAAGAAGUGGGAUAAUGGUGUCGGAGUCGGAGAGGGCAAGGUCUUUGAGUCAGGAACCGGGGAGGGAUAAAAGGAAGAUGAGGAAGACGGUGGAUUCGACGCAGCACGUAACAAGGGAGAAGACGGUGGAGGUGUCGAUAAUCGAAAGUGACGCGUUGUUGGAGUUGCAAUGCGGGUAUAGAGAAGGAUUGUUGCUUGACAUAAUGAAGAUGCUAAGGGAGAAGCUUCGGAUUGAGAUAACGACGGUUCAGUCUUGUUUGAAUAAGGGGGUGUUUGUAGCCGAGCUGAGAGCCAAGGUGAAGGAUAGUGUAAAAGGAAAGAAAGUAAGCAUAACGGAGGUGAAGAGGGCCAUAAAUCAAAUACUACAAUCAUUGUAAAGGAUCCAUUUCUCAAGUCCAAGUCUAAUUAUUGAUUUAAUAUUAUCGGUAAUAUAACAUAAAAAUAAA